AUGGCAAUAGGCAAAACCUACAUCUUCGACAGCACCAAGCUCGCCAUCCCCAUCCACCUCCGCACCGUCAUAACCGGCGAACCAGCCGCAGCAUUCAACCACUGCCGCCACGUCGCCUCGCGUGCCUUCCGCAUGCUGAAGCGCAUCGAACAGUGCUACGCGCACCGCUACACCGUGAUGUGCUCCACAACCGACCGCAAGAAAUACCGAGACCACGGCACCUCCAUGGACCGCAUCAUGUUCUGGAAAGAGGACCACAAACCGCGCAACCCGACGCUCGCGCCGUCCGCGAAAAUCCCCGCCGAGAUCCUCGCCCUGUACCCCGACCGGCGCGUCUACGAGGAGUUCGUCCGCAGGUACAACCGCACGUUUGCGGACUUCAUCAGGGGGCCGUACUGCCUGUGGAGGGAGUCUGUGAGGGCUGUGGACCGUGCUGUGGCGAGGUCUGGGCUCAGCGAGAUGGAUCAGCAGGAGUGGAAGCGGUGGUGGCAGAAGGCGUUUUUGGGGGAGAUGUCGAAGUGGGAGGAUGAUGUUUAUCGAUUGGUUUUGCCGAAGUGGGAGGUUAUUGUGGGUGAGGUUUGCAGGGCGAUUAGGAGGCGGGUUGAGUAUCCUGGGGCUUUGCUGGAGGAGUUUUGGGCUGCUGCGUGGCGUCCGCUGGAGGAGGAUCGAGUGCGUUAUGGGUCGUUUGUUUAG